CUCUCUCACACACUAACACACACCCACACCCCAUCGGGUCCUCGUCACUUGUCUGCUACGAAACCCAUCAAAUGCGUUGAGAAAACAGUAGAUCUAUUCCCCUGGAUCUCCCGCAGUGGUUAGAACUCAUUAAUCACCAGAUUUUGCUCAACAUUCUCUGCAUUCAUUGAAUUCAUUUGCUUUUGUUGAUUCUACAGAUAACAAUUGGUGAUCCACUCUUUUCUCUACCUAGUCAUUUCUGAAUUGGGAUUCCAGUACUUGAUCUACUAUUUUGUUUACAAUUCGGAAGAAUUUUAGUUUGAUUUUGUAGGCGGUUGGCAGCUAUCAAGAUUCUAAUUUUUGGCUGGGAUUCGGAGUUGGAGGUUGAUCUGCUUCGGAUUUGAAUGGCCGCUACUGUAGGUUGGGCGUAUUCUUCCAGCAGUAAUGGCAGCAGUCUUGCCACGAAUGAUCUGGAUAGAAAUGGGGAUAGACCUCAUGAUAUAGAACCUGCAACUCCCCAAUCCCUUAUAAAGAUGAGUUCGAGAGGGGGUAAUAGCAUGGAGGAUCCAGAUGGGACAUUAGCAAGUGUUGCUCAAUGCAUAGAGCAAUUACGCCAAACUUCAUUAUCUGCACAAGACAAAGAGUACAACUUGAAACAAUUACUAGAGCUGAUAGAUACACGUGCAAACGCAUUUAGUGCAGUUGGUUCUCAUUCUCAAGCAGUUCCAGUAUUAGUCUCUCUCCUAAGAUCCGGAUCACUCGGAGUAAAAAUGCAAGCAGCUACUGUUUUAGGCUCAUUAUGUAAAGAAAACGAAUUACGUGUCAAAGUACUACUUGGGGGCUGUAUUCCUCCGCUUCUCGGCCUUCUGAAGUCUAGUUCAGUCGAAGGAAGAAUCGCAGGUGCAAAGACCAUUUAUGCUGUUUCUCAAGGUGGAGCCAAAGAUCACGUGGGGUCCAAAAUCUUUUCCACUGAAGGGGUAGUCCCAGUGCUAUGGGAGCAGCUAGAAAAAGGGCUCAAAGGUGGACAUUUAGUCGAUGAUUUGUUGACUGGUGCUUUAAGAAAUUUGUGUAGCAGUACAGAAGGUUUCUGGUCUGCAACGAUAAAAUCCGGGGGUGAAGUUAUACUCGUGAAGCUACUUACAACCGAUCAAUCUACAACUCAAGCAAACGUUUGCUUUUUACUAGCUUCUUUAAUGAUGGAGGAUGCUUCUGUGUGUUCUAGAAUUGUUGAUGCUGAAGCAACCAAACUGCUUUUGAAGCUUUUAGGCCCUGGGAAUGAAGCUCCGGUAAGAGCACAAGCAGCCGCAGCUUUGAAAUCUCUUUCGGCUCAAUGCAAAGAAGCAAGGAGAGAGAUUGCUAGCUCUAGUGGUAUCCCUUCUCUUAUCAAUGCAACAAUAGCUCCUUCAAAGGAGUUCAUGCAAGGUGAACACGCGCAAGCUUUACAAGAAAACGCAAUGUGUGCUCUUGCGAAUAUCUCCGGAGGAUUGUCUUAUGUCAUCUCGAGCCUCGGUCAAAGUCUGGAUUCGUGCGCGUCGCCUGCACAGACUGCUGAUACUUUAGGGGCUCUGGCGUCUGCGCUUAUGAUAUAUGACAAUAAAGCGGAAACUAGUAAAGCUUCGGAUCCGGUUGAUGUCGAGUUGACUUUGGUCAAACAGUUUAAGCCUCGUGUACCGUUUUUAGUCCAAGAACGCACGAUUGAAGCUCUCGCGAGUUUAUACGGAAACGCGACGCUUUCGACGAAACUCGCGAAUUCGGAUUCGAAACGUUUGUUGGUUGGGUUGAUUACAAUGGCAACGAAUGAAGUUCAAGACGAAUUGAUAAAAUCUUUGUUGAUUCUUUGCAAAAACGAAGGUAGUUUAUGGUAUGCGCUUCAGGGUCGGGAAGGGAUUCAGAUGUUGAUUUCUCUUCUUGGACUUUCGUCUGAACAACAACAAGAGUGUGCGGUUGCGUUGCUUUGUCUUUUAUCGAAUGAAAAUGACGAAAGCAAAUGGGCGAUUACGGCUGCUGGUGGUAUCCCGCCACUUGUUCAAAUCCUGGAAACCGGAUCUCCAAAAGCGAAAGAAGAUUCCGCCACGAUUCUUGGGAAUCUUUGUAAUCACAGUGAAGAUAUACGCGAAUGUGUCGAGAGUGCUGAUGCUGUUCCUGCUUUGUUAUGGCUGUUGAAGAACGGAAGCUCAAACGGGAAAGAAAUCGCAGCCAAGACUUUGAACCAUUUAAUUCACAAAUCAGAUACCGCAACCAUAAGUCAACUGACCGCAUUGUUGACCAGUGAACUUCCGGAAUCCAAAGUUUACGUUCUAGACGCAUUAAAAAGUUUACUUUCCACGGCCCCACUUCAAGAUUUGUUACGUGAAGGUAGUGCUUCGAAUGACGCAAUCGAGACAAUUAUAAAGAUUCUAAACUCUACAAAAGAAGAGACACGUGCCAAGUCAGCAUCGGCUCUUGCGGGAAUCUUUAGUAAGCGGAAGGAUUUGCGUGAAAGCAGUGUGGCUGUGAAAACUCUUUGGUCUGUGAUGAAGCUUUUGAACUCCGAAUCCGAAAGCAUAUUAGCGGAAUCUUCCGGAUGCCUUGCUGCAAUCUUUUUAUCCAUUAGAGAAAACCGCGAUGUGGCUGCUGUUGCUAGAGACACACUCACUCCAUUAUUAACACUCGCAAGCUCUUCAGUUCUGCAAGUCGCUGAACAGGCUGUUUGUGCCUUAGCAAAUCUCUUACUGGAUUCUGAAGUUUCAGAAAAAGCUGUUCCCGAAGAUUUCAUUAUGCCUGCCACUAGAGUUCUUCUAGAAGGCGAGUCCACGGGUAGGACCCACGCAGCAGCAGGGAUUGCCCGGCUUCUUAACUCGCGCCAAACUGAUUCCACCUUAACAGACUAUGUGAAUCGCACUGGAACAGUUUUAGCACUCGUGUCUUUCAUUAAAACCACAAGUUCUGGAUCCGAUGCCAUGUUAGAGGCGAUAAACGCGCUUGCUAUUUUGUCUAGAUUGAAAGGGUCAUCCGGGCAGGUCAAACCCGCAUGGGCAGUGCUUACGGAAUACCCAGAUAGCAUACACCCCAUUGUGUCAUGCAUUUCGGGCGCGACUUCUCUUUUACAAGAUAAAGCAGUUGAAAUUUUGUCAAGGCUUUGUCAUGCACAGAGUGUGGUUUUGGGAAAUUCAAUCACAAGUAUUUCUGGUUGUGUUUCAUCGAUUGCAAGUCGGGUGGUUUAUUCUUCGAAUCCAACGGUGAAAAUUGGUGGAACUGCGCUUCUUGUUUGUGCUACAAAAGUGAAUAUUCAAAGAGUUGUGGAGGAUCUUCAUGAACUACAGUUACAUGCUUCUUUGAUGCAGUCUCUUGUCUUGAUGCUAAGUUUGCCAAAAGGUUCUCAUUUGGGAGAAAUGGAGGAUAAAGAGACUAUUAGUAUCUGCAGAGAUUUUGAAGAAGGAAUAGCUAGUGAAAAAGUGACAAGUACAUCGGUUAUAUAUGGUGCUAAUAUUGCUAUAUGGUUACUCUCUGCUAUUGCUAGUCAUGAUGAUAAAAGUAAAGCUGAAAUUAUGGAGGCUGGAGCUGUGGAAGUUGUCACUGAGAGGAUCUCACAAUGUUUGUCACAGUAUGGUCAGUUUGACGUGAACGAAGAUACCAGCAUAUGGAUAUGCGCACUACUACUUGCUAUUUUAUUUCAAGACAGAGACAUCAUCCGUUCAAACUCAACAAUAAAAGCCAUACCAACCCUCGCUAGUUUAUUAAGAUCAGAGGACUCAGCCAAUCGAUACUUUGCUGCCCAAGCCAUAACAAGCCUAGUCUGCAACGGAAGCAGGGGAACACUUUUAUCCGUUGCCAACUCAGGAGCCGCAAUCGGUCUCAUUUCAUUACUCGGAUGUGCCGAUUCCGAUAUACGCGAUCUUCUAGAACUCUCCGAAGAGUUCGCUUUAGUCCCUUACCCAGAACAAGUCGCCCUCGAGAGGCUAUUCAGAGUCGAUGAUAUCAGAGUCGGUGUCACUUCCCGGAAAGCAAUUCCAGCUUUAGUUGAUCUCCUCAAACCAAUCCCAGAUCGCCCAGGAGCACCCUUUUUGGCACUAAACCUUCUAAUUCAACUUUCCAAUGACUGCCCUUCGAAUAAAACCGUCAUGGUGGAAUCCGGGGCUUUGGAGGCAUUAACAAAGUACCUCUCACUGGGCCCACAAGACGCCCCUGAGGAAGCUGCUACUGAUCUACUCGGAAUCCUGUUUAGUUCUCCGGAAAUACGAAAACACGAGUCUGCUUUUUACGCUGUGAGUCAGCUUAUCGCUGUGUUACGAAUGGGGGGUCGGGGUGCGAGAUAUAGCGCUGCUAAAGCGUUGGAGAAUCUGUUCCAUGCCGAUCACAUUAGAAACGCGGAUUCCGCCCGCCAAGCUGUACAACCGUUAGUGGAAGUUUUGAACACUGGAUUGGAAAAGGAACGACAUGCUGCCAUUGCUGCACUUGUUAGAUUACUCAGCGAUAACCCUUCCGGAGUACUCGCUGUUGCAGAUGUCGAACUCAAUGCGGUUGAUGUUCUUUGUAGAAUUCUCUCAUCGAACUGUUCGAUGGAUUUGAAAGGCGAUGCAGCGGAGUUAUGCUGUGUACUUUUCGGGAACACAAGAAUCCGGUCAACGAUUGCUGCUGCCCGGUGUGUCGAGCCUCUAAUUGCCCUUCUCGUAUCCGAACUAAGCCCCGCCCAGAAUUCGGUUGUCCGGGCACUCGAUAGGCUCGUGGAUGACGAAAAUUUAGCCGAGUUAGUUGCAGCACACGGUGCGAUAAUCCCUCUUGUCGGGCUUCUGUAUGGCAAAAACUACAUGCUACACGAGGCGAGUUCUAGAGCUCUUGUUAAAUUGGGAAAAGACCGACCUUCUUCUAAAAUGGACAUGGUGAAAGCCGGUGUAAUCGAAAGCAUACUCGAUAUCCUCCACGAAGCACCGGAUUUUCUCUGUGCAGCUUUCGCAGAACUUCUCCGAAUACUAACCAACAAUGCCACUAUAGCAAAAGGACAAUCCGCAUCAAAAGUGGUAGAACCUCUUUUCUCAUUGCUGACCAAACCCGAGUUCGGGCCAGACGGGCAGCAUAGCACGCUGCAGGUUCUCGUGAAUAUUCUAGAACAUCCCCAGUGUCGGGCGGACUACACAUUAACCGCUCACCAAGCCAUCGAACCGCUCAUCCCGUUACUCGACUCUCCCGUCCCCGCUGUCCAACAGUUAUCCGCCGAGCUUCUAUCUCAUCUCCUCCUCGAAGAACAUUACCAAAAAGACGCGAUGUCACAACAAGUAAUUGGCCCAUUAAUGCGUGUUCUUGGAUCCGGUAUUCCAAUUUUACAACAACGAGCUGUGAAGGCUCUCGUGAGUAUCGCGUUAACUUGGCCUAACGAAAUCGCAAAAGAAGGCGGUGUAGCUGAGCUUUCAAAAGUUAUUCUCGCAUCCGACCCCUCUCUUCCACACGCGUUAUGGGAAUCCGCUGCUGCAGUUUUAUCGAGCAUUCUACAGUUCAGUUCCGAGUUCUAUUUAGAAGUCCCAAUCGCGGUGUUGGUCCGGUUACUCCGGUCCGGCUCUGAGGCAACUGUAAUCGGUGCCCUAAACGCGCUUCUCGUCCUCGAAAGCGACGAUUCCACAACGGCUCUAGCCAUGGCUGAAAGUGGUGCGAUUGAAGCUCUGUUGGAGCUUCUAAGGUGUCACCAGUGUGAGGAAACCGCAGCCAGGCUUCUAGAAGUGUUGCUAAAUAAUGUAAAGAUCAGGGAAACUAGAGCCACAAAAACAGCUAUCUUACCACUUUCUCAAUACCUUUUGGAGCAACAAACUCAAGGUCAACAGGCUCGAUUGUUGGCGACUCUUGCUCUUGGGGAUUUGUUCCAGAAUGAGACUUUGGCGCGAUCUGCUGAUGCGGUUGUUGCGUGUCGGGCUUUGGUGAAUUUGCUUGAAGACCAACCUUCGGAAGAAAUGAAAGUUGUCGCGAUUUGUGCUUUGCAGAAUCUUGUGAUGCAUAGUCGAUCGAAUAAAAGAGCAGUUGCGGAAGCUGGAGGGGUUCAGGUUGUGCUUGAUUUGAUUGGUUCGGGCGAUACGGAUACAUCAAUUCAAGCUGCAAUGUUUAUCAAGCUUCUUUUUUCCAACAACACCAUCCAAGAAUAUGCGUCUAGUGAGACUGUUAGAGCUAUAACAGCUGCUAUUGAAAAGGAUUUAUGGGCAACAGGAACAGUCCACGAGGAGUAUUUAAAAGCCCUAAACGCACUUUUCGGAAACUUCCCACGUUUAAGAGCCUCUGAACCCGCAACAUUAAGCAUCCCACAUUUAGUGACAUCACUCAAAACCGGCUCAGAAGCAACUCAAGAAGCUGCAUUGGACGCGCUAUUUCUUCUGAGGCUAGCGUGGUCCGCAUGCCCUGCUGAUGUCUCCAGAUCCCAAUCAAAUGCUGCUGCAGAUGCAAUACCCUUGUUGCAGUACUUGAUCCAGUCGGGCCCACCUCGGUUUCAAGAAAAAGCCGAGUUUUUAUUGCAGUGUUUACCCGGGACAUUAACUGUUAUAAUUAAACGCGGGAAUAAUAUGAAACAAUCCGUGGGAAAUCCGAGUGUCUACUGCAAGCUUACACUUGGGAACACUCCUUCCAGGCAAACCAAGGUGGUUGCAACGGGUCCUAAUCCCGAGUGGGAUGAGAACUUUGUUUGGUCCUUUGAAAGUCCUCCUAAAGGCCAGAAGCUACACAUCUCAUGCAAAAAUAAAAGCAAGAUGGGAAAGAGUUCAUUUGGGAAGGUAACAAUACAGAUUGACCGAGUGGUGAUGCUGGGGGCAGUGGCGGGCGAGUAUGCUUUGCUGCCCGAAAGCAAAAAUGGUGCCUCGAGGAAUCUUGAAAUAGAAUUUCAAUGGUCAAACAAGUAAUUUAAUUUUAUAACUUUUUUUUUGUAUAUAAAUUUUUGAAAAAGAAUGAUGCUUGUUAUAUUGUAGAUUUCAAAGUAUAGGUUCAAGAACAAUUGUUUCUUGUAAUUGUUGUGUUGUAACGUUAUGAUUUGAACUGGACCCGACUUGUGUUUGCGGUGCCUUUUUGUUGUUGCUUGUGAGAUGUGUGAAUGUUAGUUUAAACUGAUGUGUUUUUUAUUCUUUAUUUGACAACGGGGUACCAAAGUAAUGAGAAAUCUGUUGGUUGGAUUAUGUA